CUGACCCUCUGUGUCUCUGUCUCUCGCUCUCGUACUCCCCCGAUCCCAAUCACUCUCCGCUUUCGAUUGAGUGCUCGACGGACCUGUUUCUCGUUCUAUCAAUCCAUCGUUCGAGGUCCGAGCCUUCAGCUGCAGCGAAUCCCUCUCUCUAUCUCAUCUCUUCUCUUCUCUUCUCUUCUCUUCUCUCUGUAGGCAUAGUGUGUACAGACUACCAGGACUAGGAAACCACAGCACGAAGUAGACGCAUCACGUGAAACAAUCCGCCAAGCUUGCCAAUAGACUCGACUUCGGCGAGAUCUGUGAACCAAAUUUAAUUCACCCAGGAUCAUCGAAGGAAGGAAGGAAGGAAGGGAAGGAGGAGGAGGAACCGAUCAAUUCGAGUCGAUGGCUAUCAAUCCCAACGAGCUGUUCUACCGAGGCUACAACCCGGCCGCAUUGGUCGCUGGGUACGACGAUACGUGGGCCGUGGAGAGCUACCGAGAAGCUCCGGUGAGGAAAACAGCGCCAGCGCCAGCGCCGGCGAAUGUGAAGAAGGAGGAGAAGAGCGGCGGCGCAUUGCAGUGGGGAUACUUCGGCGAAAAUGGUCCCCGGGGCAAACAGCGUCCGAUGACGCGAAAUGUGAGCUUUCAAGAUGAGAAGCCCGGCAACGGAGGGGCAGCAUUGCAAUCGCGCUCGGGGUAUUUCGGAGAAAACGGCCCCCGGGGAAAACCGCUCAAUGAAAGCGUGCAAGAAGAGAACAUCGGCAAGGGCGGCGCCAAAGUCCACUCGGAAAAUUUUGGAGAAAAUGGCCCUCGCGGAAAGCCGAGCCCCGUGACGAGAAUUGCGAGCUUGCAGGAAAGAACGAACACGUACUCUGGUUUCGGUGGCAAUUGGUUCACGGGACGACGACCUGCUGUCACUAGAACUCCGUUACUGCAAGACCCAAAGGCUGUGCUUGAGAAGAAGGGCAUCGUCGAGCUGAGAAUGCCUCUAUGUUGCGAAGGAUGCGUGGAGAGGGUGCAAAAAAAGUUCAAAUCUCUGAAAGGUGUUGCAUCCGUCGAGUGCAGUCAGGAGAAGCAGAAGGUCGUCGUCAGGGGAAGUGCUACCCCGGAGGAAGUUCUGAAGAGAGCCCAGGCCACAUUGUCGAGAUCCUCAUUCUGGGAGGAGGAGGCGAUUCCACCACAAUGAUCGCUGUACGCGCAAGCAUGACCCAUAUAUUCUUUCGAAUCUCGUCCCUCUUCAUCCACGCACACGAUUCGGCCAUCGGUCGCCGGCUCCAAUUCUUUCAAACUUGACGGCAUCGUCGUUGUGGCCACGGCACUCGAGAAGUAUCAGUCAUUGUACAGACGAACGAGAUCUUCUCUCAGAAGAGAUUAGACGGCAGUGAGUUUCCGAGAUGCGUUUCAUUAGGCUAUAUACAUGUUCCGUAGAUGGUAGAUGGUAGCAACGCUUCAAAAUCGGCUUUGAAGUCAAAUCUUUACUUGGAUAUUCACAUCGAUUUAGCAAUUCUUUUCAAAGAGCUGUAACCACCAUCUGAUGUUAAAUUACUCCUCACACAGCCAUCAGUCAGGCGCAUUACAAACGAGUAUCCUUGUGGACGCUGGGAGUGUGAAGUAUUAGGUUGCACUAUCUUGAUUUUCGUGUUCAGGAAAAUCGCUGCACACGGUUAGCGUAUGCAGUUGCCAUUCGAUAAAAGACAAGUUCAUAAAAUGUUAAUAAUUCGAGCAAUUUCAGGACAGCGAUCAUUUGAUCAUUACUC